AUGGUAAAAACAAGAGCACAAAAACAAACGGCUCUCGUCAAAAGUGAAGAUCAAAUUGAACCCGUAGGUGAUAUAAGAAUUGAGGAAGCGAAGAAUUUACAACAAGCAGAAAAUAUUGAAAAUCGUCCUUUAUCAUUUGUCAUGACGGAAAAAUUGGUAAAUACUAUAUUAUCAACUAAUUUUGAUAAACUACCGAAAUUUGGUGGAAAAAAUACAGAAAAUAUUCACAAAUGGUUGACUGAUAUUACAAAUGAAUUGAAUUUACUCAAAUUGGAUGAUCCACAAAAACUUUCGGUUAUUCAAACGUUUCUCGUGGAUGAUGCGCGGCGUUGGCUUAUCAAUCAUUUGGAAGAGUUAGUUAAUUGGAAUGAUUUUGUUCGUCAGAUCCGUCAAACAUUUUCACUACCGUUACAUCGAGAGUUAGCAUUGCGCAAAGUGGGUACUCGUGACCAAGGAAUGAAUGAAACCGUUUUACAUUAUUAUAAUGAUAUGAUGGAAUUGUUUGAUACAAUUGAUACAAAAAUGACUGAUCAGUACAAAGUUGCAUAUUUAAAAGCAGGAGUCAAAGCUUCAUUAAAAAAAGAAGUAAUGCGAAGAGAGCCGAAUUCUCCGGAACAAUUUUUGGAAAUAGCACAAACGGAAGAAAAAUUAGAUUCAUCAAUAAACUUACAGAUGGAUAGUUUACAAAUAUCGGAUAUUGAUUCGUUUUCAGCAAUGGCAAAGGUUCAGUCACACCACCAACCACAACAAGAACAACAGUAUCAAUACCAACAACAGCAACAAGAACAACAAUAUCAAUACCAACAACAGCAACACGAACAACAAUAUCAACACCAACCACAGUACCAAUAUCAACACCAACCGCAACAACGCAAAGGACGUGGUUUCUCAAAACAAUUGCGAUGCUUUCGAUCGGGAGCCAAUGAUGGUAUGACUCCCGUCUUUCCACAACAACCAUCUCUUAUUUUUAUACCAACAUGGAUCCAGAGUAAGAAAAUAUCUACUAUGCUUGAUACGGGAGCCACGUCGUCAUUGAUUACUAUGUCUGUUAUUCGCCAAUUAGGUUAUCAAGAUCAUAUUCAUAAAGACAUAGGUGAAAUUAUGUUGGGUGAUUCAAAAACGAAAAUAGUUCAAUAUGGGUGGAUUUAUUUAAAUCUGAACAUCAAUAAUCUAGAUUUUGGAAUACGAGCUCGGGUUGUUGAUCAUUUGACAACUGAUUUGAUUUUAGGCAUGGAUUUUAUGCGCAAAUAUAAAGUAGAAAUAAAGAUUAUGCAAAACUAUAUUGUUCUUUAUCACUCCAAACACCGAUUGCACGUUAAAUUUGAGAAGGUAAAUUCGGUUAGAUUGACAACACAAUGUUGUCUUUUACCGAAACGUCACACGAUAGUGGAUGUCAUGAUUGAAGGAAUUACAAAUGGUAAUAAAAUGUUAAUGAAUGUUGUGAGUGAGAAAACUCAACGACAUAAACGAAUUCGCCUUUGUGAUGGAUUCGUGGACAUCAGGAACAAUCUUGCUCAAUUGACCGUUUACAAUCCAACGACAAGAAUGGUCAAUUUGCCAAAAUCUAUGCUCGUCGGAACAAUUGAUCAAUUGGCAGCGGAUACAUACUGUUCAAAUUUGAUACUGAAUACUAAUGUUGAUGGAACAGUGGUGAUUUCUGGAAAGCAAAAGUCAGUUGGUGAUGUGUGUGAAAUUGCUGAUAGAAUGGUACAACAUUUAGAAGGAAAUGAUCAGCUGCAACUAGGGAAUCUUUUACAACAGCAUAAGUUGCUGUUUGACACAACUCAACCGCGAACCAUCAAAACUACUGUACAUCAUGUGAUCAAUACAGGUGACCAUCCUCCAGUAAAUGCUAAACCUUAUUUUAAAUCGAUGGAACAAAGGAAAAAUAUUCAACAAGAGAUCGACAAAAUGCUGAAAGCUGGCAUUAUUAUACCAUCAACAUCUCCAUGGUCGUCACCGGUAGUUUUAUUAAAAAAACCUAAUGGUGAAUUUAGGUUCAUCAUCGACUAUCGUCGUCUCAAUGCUAUUACUAAGAAAGAUUCGUAUCCGCAACCUACUGUUGAGGAAUUGCUGCAACGAUUAGGUGGACAUUCGUGGUUUACAAAAUUAGACUUAAAGUCUGGAUAUUAUCAAAUACCAAUUCAACAAUCGGACAAAGAAAAAACAGCAUUUGUAACACAAGAUGGUUUGUAUCAAUUUGAAGUACUGCCUAUGGGCCUGAUGAAUGCUCCUCCGACCUUCCAGCGGAUGAUGAAUAAUAUUAUUGGAUAUAAUCGUUGGGAUUAUGUGUUAGUAUAUCUCGAUGAUAUAUUGAUAUUUUCUAAAUCAUUUGAGGAGCACAUGGAUCAUCUUCGAGAAUUGUUCGCGGUAUUGAGUGAUCACCGGUUCACAUUAAAUCCAAGCAAAUGCUCGUUGGCUAAACAAAGUAUUGACUUUUUGAGUCAUACUAUUACAAAAGACUCAAUUGUGCCAUCCAAAGAGCGUGUUCAAGCUAUUCUUGAGAUGCCUCAACCAACUUCGUUGGCUCAAGCAAAUAAGUUCAUUGGAAAAAUCGGAUGGUAUCGUAAAUUUAUCCCAGGUUUUGCAAAAAUUGCAGCACCUAUCCAUAAAGUCACAAAUAAAAUGAAACAAAAGAAGAAGGAGUUUUAUUGGCAUGAUGAACAAAUCCAAGCAGUAAACAAAUUAAAACAAUUAUUAACACAAGAACCACUUCUUUUGAAAUAUCCAUAUCCAACUGCACUAUUUAUAUUGUCAACAGAUGCGUCUGAUUAUGCAAUUGGUGGUACGCUGAAACAAGUGGUUAAUGGAAACACUCAUUACAAUUAUUUUUUAUCGAGGUUGUUGACAGCAACCGAACGAAAUUAUCCAACAAUUGAGCGUGAGGCGUUGGCAAUGUUUUGGUGUAUGGAGAAACUACAGAAUUAUUUAGGUGGAAGACAAGUGAUGAUUAUUUCGGAUCACAAACCUUUACAACAAUUCCAUCUAAAAUUCAAGAUCAAUAGCAAACGCAUAACUGAAUGGUUAAUCAAAUAUCAAGAUAUUCUUCCGCAAAUAACUGAAGUAAAAUAUCGCAAGGGUUCCAAUCAUGGUGAUGCCGAUGGAAUGUCAAGACCGGAUGUAGUGAAUCCACCGCAUUCACUUAAUGCUAUUACACGAUCAAUGGCGAAAACUGCUCGAUCAAACAUGUUGCAUAAUGAUGAACCAUUAACAACUCCAAACAAUUCAAUCAUUAAAAAUCCCAUGACAUUUGAUUUUAGUUUAGAACGCAUUCGUCAAGAACAACUUAAUGAUUCUCAGUUGAUUCGCAUGAAACAACAGGUGAUAUCAGGAGAUAUCAAUGAUCAGAGUUUAUUAGUAGAGAAUGAUGUCUUAUAUAAAUUGGUACAAACAAAUCAUUCAAUGACUAAACGUAAAGCAAUUUACAUACCGGCAACCAUGCAAGAUGAAGUUAUUCAAUGUUUUCACGACCAUCCAACAGCUGCUCAUUUUGGUGUUAAUCGAACUUGGUUGAAAAUGAAAAAUACGUGUUAUUGGCGUGGUAUGAAGCGAGAUAUCCAGACAUACAUCAAGUCAUGUGAUAAAUGUGCUAGAUUUAAUAUUUCACGAAUCAAACCAUCAGGUCAUUUGAAUCCUAUUGAAUCACCAAUAGGUCCUUUGGAAAUAGUGUCUAUGGAUUUUUGGGGACCGACUACUGAGUAUUCGAUCAAUGGAAACAAAUAUGUGUUGGUAAUAACUGACUACUACACGAAGUAUGUUGUGGCUCAGCCUCUUCCUGAUAAUUCCGCUAUAACUGCAGCACAAUGCUUUGUGGAGCAAUUUGUUUUCAAAUAUGGUGUUCCACGACGAUUAAUUACAGACCAAGGGGUCCAUUUUAAAAAUGAAUUGAUGAAAAAGUUAACAACAUUACUUGGAACACAUCAUAUUCACACAUCGGCAUACCAUCCACAAGGAAAUGGGUUAGUAGAGAGGUUCAAUGGUACGUUUCAUCCUCAGUUGGCCAAACUUCAUAAUGUUGAAUUAAAUAAUUGGGAUGAGUAUUUAGCUCCGAUUAUAUAUGCUUACAAUACAGGUAUACAAAACAGCACUGGAUAUAGUCCAUUUCAAUUAAUGUUUGGAAGAAAUCCUAAUCUACCACUCGAUCAUACAUCUGCGACGUUUACUUUACAGCGAACGAAUGAUUAUUGGUAUAAAUUAUUGAAAUGUAUGAAAUUUUAUGGUGAAACAUCUCGACAGCGUACAAAUAUUCAACAGAAACAAUCAAAACAACGUUUUGACAAGAAUCGUAAGGAUCCUAAAUAUAAUAUACAUGAUUUAGUGUUAUGGAAAAUACCUGGUUAUCGUAGUAAAUUAACUGAAAGAUAUUCUGGUCCUUUCGAGAUCAUAAACAAAAAGCAUCCAUCGUAUACAAUUCAAGAUACACAAUCAUUAGCAAUUAAACAAGUUCAUAUUAGUGAUUUAAAAGCUAUUUAUAGUCGUGAGGGCUUGGCAUCUUAUGACUAA